AUGUUUCCUUGCCCGCGUGACACCAUUGUUACUAAUAGAAAGUGGUAUUCGCCAAAUUGGACAAAAAGAGGUGAAUUUACAUUCUGUGAAGAAUGUUAUCACCAAUUCAUCAAAAACACACCUUUCAAUACAUAUAUAAGGUAUGAUGGAGAACUUCCAUUUAGCGUUUGUUGUUUUAGACCUAAUGUGAAACAAAAUUGGUUUUUUGCUAUAAGCAUGAAUAACAUAAACAUAUUUGCACAACACAUUGAGCCGCAAAACGCAGAACUUAAAAUAUUAUAUAGUAGUCUAACUUAUGAAUCAGAACGACAACGUAUAUUAAUUACACAAAAAGGUCAGUCUUGUGCGCUUAGUUUAUUUGACGGCGAUGGAUAUAACUACCAAUACAAUGGUGGAAUAUACGGAAAUAGGUACGAUGCCCAAGCAGCCCAAAUUGAUACCGAACUUCGUGACUCUAUGAAUAAAAUGAAGGAAAUUAGAGAAAAGAUGAAUGAGAAUUUAAGAUGGAAAUAA